AUCAAAAUCCUCCCUAAAACCCUAACAUUUCCCAGAGCUUCGCAAUCGCUGUUCCUCCGUUUCAUUUCUUUCGAAAGGAUCAAGCUUUUGAUUCUGAUCAGAUCCACUAUACUGAACCCUUUUGUGUUUUCGGCUAAUCCAGACCAAAUCAGAGAUGAGAUAUCAACAAUGGCGAUUGAUGCUUCUUCGAAGCUACGGUCGGUCGCAUCUUGCUUACCCUUCUCCUUAUUCUCAGUUUCAGGUAACAACCAUUGCGACCCGAUCAUUCUCUUGUUUCCUUCACCUACCUUCUGGGAUCGGAGCUCUGCAACAGAGCGAAGAGCUUCGUUCCUUAAGAUCUCGAAUUAGGAGCUCUGCAGGAAUGUUGGAAUCAGUGGGUCGAAGCUUCUCGUCCGAGCCUGUGAUCGAAGAGAAACCUACUGCUGAGGGCAUCGUGAUUGAUAUCUUUAGCAGAUUUAGUGGUGAAGAUGAGCUCAGGAAAGAGUUGGAAUCGAGUAAGAUCGUGAUUAGCCAAGACUCAGCUUUGAAAAUUUUGAGAAGGCUCGAAUCAAACCCCGAUGUUGCGAGGAGGUUUUUCCAGUGGAUUACAAAGGCUUUUCCUGGGGAACUGACCUCGAAAAACUAUAACAUGAUGCUAAGAAUUCUGGGUGGUAACGGACUAGUCGAUGAGUUUUGGGGGCUGGUUGAUGCUAUGAAGAAGAAAGGACAUGGAUUAUCGGCUAAUGUUAGAGAUAAAGUGGGUGAGAAGUUUCAGAAAGAUGGACUUGAGAGUGAUUUGGUGAGGCUGAAAAAGCUUUUCCCUUCCGAUUGUUUAGAUAAUUCGGCUGAGAGUGUUUGCGAUAGGGUGUGUAAGAUUGUGAAGGAGGAAGAAUGGAGUGAUGAUGUGGAGAAACGGCUAAGGGAUUUAAAUGUUGAGUUUCAAAGUGAUUUAGUGAAGAUGAUUGUGGAAAGUCUAGGUGUUGAACCCAGGAAAGCUUUGUUGUUCUUCCGUUGGAUUGAUGAGUCUGGUCUCUUUAAGCAUGAUGAGAAGACCUAUAAUGCUAUUGCUAAGGUUUUGGGAAAAGAGAACUUUCUAGAUAGAUUUCAGAACAUUGUCAUUGAAAUGAAGAGUGCUGGUUACGAAGUGGAAUUAGAGACUUAUGUUAGAGUUUCUACGAGGUUCUGCCAGAGUAAAUUGAUCAAGGAAGCUGUUGAUUUGUUUGAGAUUGCAAUGGCGGGUAGCAGUAGUAACAAACCCACCCCACACUGCUUCUGUUUGUUGCUCAAGAAAAUCGUCACUGCCAAGAAUCUAGAUAUGGGUUUGUUUUCAAGACCUGUGGAAGCUUAUACCAUAAAUGGUAAGGUGUUGACGGAUGCUAUGCUGAAAUCUGUCUUGAAGUCUUUGAUUAGCGUGGAUAGGGUUGCACAGAGCAACGAGGUGUUGAAAGCAAUGGAGAAAGGAGGCUAUCUUCCAAGUAGUGAUCUGCAGAGCGUGAUCGCAUCAGUGCUUAGUCGUAAGGGAAAGAAAGACGAAGCCGAGGAACUUGUAGACUUUAUGGAAGCAUUCGGAAAUAACCUAGAUGAUAAGGCAAUGGCUUCUCUUGUUGAAGGGUAUUGUGAUUCCGGGGAAAUCGAGGAAGCUCUAGUGAGUUUCGAUAAAAUGGUUGGAAAAGCCGGAGUCUCCUAUGCUGAUUAUGCAUUUGAGAAGUUGGCUCUUGCUUACUGCAACAAGAAUCAGGCAAGAGAUGCAUGCAAGCUUUUGACUGCGCAAGUAAAGCAAAAUCAGCUGAAACCUCGUCAUAGCACAUACAAGCUCUUGGUGAGGAAUCUGUUGACGAAAAAGAUUGCAAGAGAUGGUGGCUUUGAAGAAGCUUUGAAUCUUUUACCUUUAAUGAAAGAUCACGGAUUCCCUCCUUUCCUUGAGCCUUUCAUGAAUUACUUCUCAAAAACUGGAACAAGCACCGAAGCUCUUGGUUUUCUGAAGGCUAUGACCUCGAAGAAUUUUCCAUCUACCAAACUGGUUCUGAGUGUAUUCGAAACUAUGAUGAAGUCUGCAAGGCACAGUGAAGCACAGGAUUUACUCUCUACGUGCCCAAGCUAUAUCCGUAAUCAUUCAGAUGUUCUAGAACUCUUCAAUUCCAUGAAACCUAAUGAGUCUGCCGUAGAAAAACCUUUGGCUGCUUCUGCUUAGCUCCAGUUUUAGUUUACGUUCCUUCAAGUCUUUCUGUUUCUGGGCAUUUGAUUCAAAUAAGAAAAAUUGCCAGAAAAUUUUCCUGAUGUUCCCUUUUGUUUACACUUUACAUGUAUCACCAUUUACCAGUUACAAAUGUCUUCAUCAACCUGGUGCACUGGAAAAAUGAUUCAAUGUACUUUGUUCUUUCAUA